UGACGUUCGUUUCAUUUAUGACACAAUAAAAUGAUACAAAUAAGCAUUUAAACGUAACACUUCGUAUGGUACAUUGCACACCAUUCACACAGACUGUGUAACAUUCAUAUGUGUUAACUAAUGCCCAUAGCACGUGACACGCCUCCAAUGCGCCGUGAGCAGAAGCAACUUGGGCUCCACCGCAGACUCACAGAUCUUCGUCGGAAGCGGAUGAAGCAACUUCCAGCGAAUCAUUUGUCACGGGUUCACGUUUGUUCGGGUUGCAGACAGACUCUGCGAAGCAGUUCUUGGGUCGUUGGGGUGGAGUUAAGAGGACAGGAAAGUGUAAUUUUCUGCUUGUAAAACACAGUACGCGCUUUUGCCAGGGUGGUCUUCUCUUCCUAUGAAACGACCACUGUGGGCAGGUUUCUCCAAGAGCGUCAAUGUCAAACACAAAAGCUGUGGACGAUAAAAAGGAUGUCCAUGGACAACGUGAAUCCUUUAACUGACUUCUAAACUUGUUGCAUUUGCUCUAAAACACCUCCGGUAGCGCGUUUCGGAUACUUGUUUGUGCAUAACGGCGGAAGAUCUAUACAAAGUGGACUAUAACUGAUGAACUGUGUGUAAAAACCUGCACUUUUACAUAAAUAUCCAUUUAUGAGGAGAUGCCCUUUCUGCUCGUGGAGGACUUGUGAAAGCAAAACCUGCUUCAGUCGCACCGGGUCGCGCAUAUUGGUUCAGCAUGGCAGCCGGAGUCGCCGCUUGGCUACCGUUCGCGCGCGCCGCGGCCAUAGGGUGGAUGCCCGUGGCGAGCGCCCCAAUGCCGCCGCCUCCACGGGAAAAGAGGCGAGGUCAGGACGGUCUGAUCAUCUUGAACGUCAGCGGCACAAGGUUUCAAACUUGGCGGAAUACUUUGGAGAGGUACCCCGACACCUUACUUGGAAGCACAGAGCGCGACUUCUUCUUCCACGAGGAGACCAACGAGUACUUUUUCGACCGCGACCCGGACAUUUUCAGGCAUAUCCUCAACUUCUACAGAACCGGGAAGCUGCACUACCCUCGCCACGAGUGCAUCUCCGCCUAUGACGAGGAGCUGGCCUUCUUCGGCAUCAUUCCUGAGAUUAUAGGGGACUGCUGUUAUGAGGAGUACAAAGAUCGCAGGAGGGAGAACACGGAGAGAAUUCAAGACGAUGAGGAGAACGAAAACAACAACGAUUUGGUGCUGCCCGAAAUGUCGUUCCGCGAGUCCAUGUGGCGCGCGUUUGAGAACCCGCACACGAGCACCAUGGCGCUGGUGUUUUAUUACGUCACGGGCUUUUUCAUCGCCGUCUCCGUUAUGGCCAACGUGGUGGAGACUGUCCCGUGCAGCAGCGGGCCAAACCGGGCGAAGGAGGUCUCGUGCGGUGAGCGCUACGCCCUCGCGUUCUUCUGCUUGGAUACGGCCUGCGUCAUGAUCUUCACCGUCGAGUACUUGCUGCGUCUGAUCGCCGCACCCAGCAGGUACAAGUUCGUCAAAAGUGUUAUGAGCAUCAUUGACGUUGUGGCCAUCAUGCCUUACUACAUCGGCUUGGUCAUGACGGACAACGAGGACGUGAGCGGGGCCUUCGUCACCCUCAGAGUCUUCAGGGUCUUUCGGAUUUUCAAAUUUUCGCGGCACUCCGCGGGACUGCGCAUCCUGGGGUACACGCUGAAGAGCUGCGCGUCCGAGCUGGGCUUCCUGCUCUUCUCGCUCACCAUGGCCAUCAUCAUCUUCGCCACCGUCAUGUUCUACGCGGAGAAGGGCUCCUCCGCCACAAAGUUCACCAGCAUACCGGCGGCUUUCUGGUACACCAUCGUUACCAUGACAACGCUGGGAUAUGGAGACAUGGUUCCUAAGACCAUCAUGGGAAAGAUCUUUGGCUCUGUUUGUUCUUUGAGUGGCGUGUUGGUGAUCGCUCUUCCUGUUCCCGUCAUUGUGUCCAAUUUCAGUCGGAUCUACCAUCAGAGUCAGCGUGCAGAGAAGCGUCGUGCCCAAAAGAAAACCAGGCUUGCUAGAAUUCGUGCAACGAAGAGCAGUGGCGCUAAUGCUUAUUUGCAGUACAAACGCAAUGGGAUGCUGGCAGACGCGGAGGAGGAGGCUUCAAAAGAGGCUGGCCAAUCUUUGGUAUGUAAGACCAACCCCACUUUUGAGACCCAGCAUCACCAUCUCCUGCACUGCUUAGAGAAAACCACGAAUCAUGAGUUUGUGGAUGAGCAAACUUAUGAAACAAACUGUAUGGAGGUUUCCUUAACGAAGCCAUCCAUGUCCCGUUCCUCCUCGCUGUCCUCCUCUCCACAUGGCCUGUCCUCCUGCUGCACGCGCAGAAACAAGCGCAAGAGCUUCAAUGUCUCCAAUUCCAACAUGGUCGGCGGCCGCAGGGGCAGCAUACAGGAGCUCAGCACCAUCCAGAUCAGAGAGAGACCAAUGAGCAACAGCCGCUCCAGUCUCAAUGCCAAGUUUGAAGAGACUGUACCCCUGAAUUCAGAAGAGCAGUCCUACAUCACUGCCGCUGUCAUCAGCAUGCCCACCCCGCCCGUGACCACACCCGAGGGCGGAGACUCAGUCAGCUCGCAUGACUUUUUGCAAAGCAACAUUGUCAGGGUGUCGGCGUUAUAGACCGUCUGCCGUGACCAUUAGCCAUUUUAUUUAGCGAGCGGAUGCUGGAGCAGAGAGGAUCGAUGGAGCCCCCUAGUGUAGUGGAGGAGGCACUGCAGCAGGAUGGGCCAUAGCUGGACCUUUUAAUUUUUUUUAUUUUUUAUUUUUUAAAUCAGCUCUUGCCCAGAGCUCUCCAUCUCUGUGAGCUCCAUCAGCUCUAACUCUAGGCCCAUACAUCAUGUGACUCACGAUGGGGUCCAAUAAGCUUACACUCAACCCAUAGAGGAAAACAUUGUGUUUGUUACAGCUUCUAUAAUUUUUCAGUAUUGUGAGUCUUUGAAUCUUUUGUCUUCAGUUUGAUGGGAUCGGCAGAUAAUUGGGACGAAUAAGGAGUGUACCAGCAGGGGCGGGAUUUUACAAGCUUUUACACAGCUGUACACACUUUUGAUACUACAAAGUAAAGCUGGGCUCUACUAGGGUGUGCUGCGUGUGUGUGAUUGAGAUCGAUCUCUUGCAUGUUUUGCGUAAGUCUUUGUCUUUUCUCAAUUUGGCAUGAGCAAUAAGGAUUGGCUUUUUCUGUCAGAAUGUGUGCUUUUUAUUUUUGCCUAGUUAAAUAGUAUUGAUUUUUCCAACCCAAUGAGUGUGUAAAAAUAGCUGUUUUGAGAGAUUAGCCUGUUGAUACAGGGGAUAAACAAAGAAAACCUUGUAUCACACUCUCUCUGUCCCACCCAUGUUUUGUUCAUUCCUUGCCUGACCUGAUGAGACGUUUGUUAAGCUUUUUUUAUUUUAUUUUUUUUAUUUUUUUUGUUGCAAAAAGCUACACGGAAAAAAGAAACACCUUUUGUGUUUCAAUAUAUGUGACUUUCUCAAACUGACAGUGGAGGCUUAUGGACUUGAGAUCUAAUAUUAGCCAUUCCAUUUUAUACUCCAAAGUUUGCAAGUUAACUGUGAAAAGAAAAAUAACGUGCUUAUUUAUUAUAUUUGUUAAAAUUAUUGUGCAUGUUGUCGUACAUAUGGUGAAACGGGCCAACUUGGACCAGAGCAUAGAGCCCACCCAGGACUUUUUUUCUUUUCUCCCUUUAAAGAUGUACUUUUAUCAGUAAACAUUCUUAGGUCUGUCUAUUAUUACUGGAUAAUGGCAUCAGUCUGUGUGUGAUAACACGUUGAGAAUCAUCCAAUCAGGUUCUUAGUACUGUUAUGGAGAUUAUUAUAUCAUUGUGAUCAGCCAAACACGCUUAGUGUUGAAUAUAAAAACGCAAAAAUCUCGCAAAGUCACAUUCAGGUUUGUUUCACUCCAAAAUCAAAAGAGAAUAAAUUAUAUUUAGCAUAAAAUCGUUUUAAAAGUCAUAUAAAAAAACAUUUGAAUGAUAAAUAAGCACACUCCACGCAAAAUUUUAGUUCUUUGUAUUUCUCAUUUUCAAUGGUGAUUUUCAUAACUGUAAUACAGUAUUUUUUAAAAGCAAAUGUAUAAUGCUUCAUAAUGAUUGUAAAAAAUACUUCAGAAAUGUCAAUUAUGCCAUUACAGUAAUGAAAAUUGUAUUUUGGCAUUUAAGAAACGACAGAUUUUCAGGUGUUGUGCUUAAUUGUCCCUGAAAAUAAUGCACAAAAUCAGUUAAGAAUUAAAGUAAGCAAAAUAUAAUUUAUUUUGAUUUUGGGCAGAAAUAUGUCUGUGAGAUUCAUUCAAAAUGUAUUAUUAUUAAUUGAAUAGUGAUAAAACAUUUCUGUGCCUGAAAGAUGAAUUCUCUCUUCUCUGCCAUUUAAUGUCUGGAAUUGGCAAGAAAAUAGACUAUAACGUUGAUUUGUUUUUUUAUACCAAUGUCAGUGCAAUUUGUGGUGAGGAACUCUUAAUGCACCUUGCUCAAUAUACACACACACACACACACACACACACACAGCACUGCCCUCCUGCACAAUGCCUGCACCCAUUCUUGCUUUGCCCAUGUGACUUAUGCAACAAAAUUCUUUUUGUAAAGAUAUGCUUUGUAUUAAAAGGGUUACCGGGGGAAUAGAAUCUCACAAAUGCAUAUUUUUAAAACUCAAAAGGUGUUGAUUAUAUAUAUAAAUGUAUUUCAGUUGUAAAAUACAAAAAAGAAAAGAUGAAAACAGAAAACUAUGAGAGAGUGUUGCUAGUGCACCUGUGCUGUAAAUAUGUUCUUCGGUGUAGUGAAAUAUAUUACAGUUUCUUCUUUUCUCCUAAUUUCAGUGGACAGAAAAUGUAAUGUCUCACAUUUUACUUUCUAAGUCAAUGACUGGAAAGCCUGGACCAUCUAUUUAGGCUUGGAGAUUUUUUUCUCCCUGUUUGGAGGACAGGAUUGACCGAACUGAUAGAGUGCAUGUGCUCACAGACUCAUAGAGAACGUGUGGGUUUCUUUUUUUUUUUCAGGAUCCACCAGGGACUUUUAAAACAGACUUCCUGUUUGUUCUAUAUAAUGUACAUUUAAAUGACUACCAGGUGACGAUGGUCCUUUGGAAUUGUUACAGCUUGUGUUUUGGACAUUAAAAUAUAUGAAUUAUUGAAAAA